UUGAUUUUCACUUCACUGUGACUCUUUUCGGGCCACACAUUUUUUUAACAUUCCAAUAGUUGAAGUACACUAAACGAUAAGAUUAAUCACCACACGGAAAACGAUGCAUAGCUAUGAAGUCCUUGAAGGCGUCCUACUAGCAGUAACAUUUAUAAUCAUUUUGUGGGUGCAGGGAAUCGUUGCCUUGCCACUGGCUCAACCCGAUCCAAAGUCACUUUCCCUUGGAACGCCGGACAAUGUUUCGGCAGAGAGAGCGCCCCGGCAGAUUAAUCUAAAUCAUUCCUCGAUUGAUUUUCAUGAAAAACCACCCAAGUUCGAGGGCUUUAGGGUCUUCGGAAAGAAACUACAAAACGACUAUCACCGCAAGCCUGUCUACAAUGAAACCAAAGCGCCUCCCACUUCCACGACUAAAAAAUCCACAUUUCGGCCUAAGAAAAUCACUAAAUACGGUAUUCGACUCUUUCCUGCUCCAGAUGGAGAGGAGGAAAAUGGUGAAGAAGCUGGGGAUGGAGGUGGUGAGGCCGGAGGAGGAGGAAACGAUACCAAAAAAGAACUGACCGUAAGAAUUCCAAAUUUUCAAACCAAUAAAUUCGGCGAAAAGGUCUACAAUCCUUGGGGAGUCACCUUCGGCCAUCGAUUCCUUGAUACCCGAUUCGGAAAAGACCAGGCGCCGCGAAUGUCGAUCAAUCCCCAUCCCAUUCAGAACUACUAUCCAAAAGUUGAUAACCUGACAUCUGUCUGCGUGAACAAAUCGACUAUCUACAACGAUAUCAAGGUCGAGAAGUGGAUAAUACGCCAUGUCUAUAGCCGGAAAAAGAAGAUUCGCCCCUUCUUUUUCGGCCUUCGCCGCGAAAUUUACGAGAGCGCCAACUCGGAGCAGUGCCACACGGUGAACUACUCCGAUUGGCAACAGUAUCAGGAAUGCGCCAUUCGUCGUAACCAACUCAUGGAGUACUACAUCCCGAAGUAUCCACGCAUCCAACUUGCGGCCAACUAGGAUCACCUGCAAGUAACUUUCAAUUCAACGAGAAGUCCUACAAAUUUGUAAUAAUGUGAAAUCAAUGAGACCCCUAGAUCAUCAUCGUAAACAUUAAAAAUUUCCAUUAAAAUGUAAAUUCCACUUUCUGCAUUUAGCUUUUGUAAAUUCAAGUUAUUUUAAUAAAUGUAUUUGCUAACCGAUAA